AUGGGCCAAGUUGAGUCGUCGGCCGCUAGCUACGGCUGGUGGCGGUGCCUCCUCGUCGUGCCGGUGCUCUAUUCGGCGUGGGCGUCGCCGUUCGAGCUGGCCGUGGAGAGGGCCGCCACCCUGCCACUCCUCGUCGUCGAUCUGGUAGCCGACGCGUUCUUUGCCGUCGACAUCGCCGCUUCCAUCCUCGCUGCGUGCCGACGCCUCCGCGGCACCACCGGCAUCUUCGUCGACGACCGCAAGAAGGCCGCCGUCAGGCACCUGCGCCCGUGGACGUUCGCGAUGGACGCGGCCUCCACGGUCCCGUUCCAGGCCAUUUACCACCUGGCGGCCGGCCGGGGCGCCGCCGCAUGGUCGUCGCCGUGCCGGUUCCUGAGCCUCCUCCGGCUGUGGCGUCUGCGGCGCGUCAGCGAGCUCUUCGCGAGGCUGGAGAAGGACGUCCGUCUAAACUACUUCUGGACCAGGCUCGUCAGGCUCGCCGGCGUGACGCUCCUCGCCGUGCACGCCACCGCGUGCGCCCACCUGUGGAUGGCAUCCCACUACCGCGGACCCACGUGGCUCGGCCGGGGCUUCGAGUCCCGCAGCGUCUGGGCCGGGUACGUCCGCGCCGCCUACUGGUCCGUCGCCACGCUCACCACCGUCGGCUACGGCGACCUGCACCCGGCCAACCCCGGCGAGAUGGCGUUCGCCGUCCUCCUCGUGCUCUUCAACCUCGGCCUCGCCGCGUAUGUCGUCGGCAACAUGACCAACCUCGUCGCCGCCGCCUCCGCGCCCGCCCUCGCGCUGCGGGACACGCUGCUCGGGGUCUCCGCGUUCGGGGCCAAGAACCGGCUGCCGGAGGCGCUGACGGAGCAGAUCGCGGAAAUCGUGCAGCUCAACUUCGACACCACGGAGCAGCUGCUCCAGCCGGAGCUCCUGUCCGAGAUGCCUAGGGCGGUGCGGUCGGAGAUCGCGCAGCACCUGUUCCGGGACACCGUCGAGGGCGCCUACCUGUUCCGUGGCGUCUCCGAGGGCCUCGUCGUCGACCUCGUCUCCGACAUGACGACGGCGCAGUUCUUCCCUCCCAAGGCCGACAUCGUCCAGCAGGGCGAGAACCCCACGGACUGCUACAUCAUCGUGUCCGGCUCCGUAGACGUGCUGGCGGCCGCCACCGACGGCACGGAGACGGUCGUGUCGAAGGCGGGGCCGCGCGGCAUGGCGGGGGAGAUCGGCGUGGUGCUCAACACCCAGCAGCCGUUCACCGUCCGGUGCCGGAGGCUGACUCAGGUCGUGCGCGUCAGCCAGAGCCACCUUCUCCGGGCACUCCGGCCGCACGCCGCCGACGCUGACAGGCUGUUCUGCAACUUCGUUCAGCACCUUGAAUCUCCCGUGUGGCAAGUUGCGAGGAAGGAAGCGCCAUUCCUCAGGGAGGCCUCAGCUCAGCUUCGGGCGGGUGCCGCCGCCGCCGCCGCGACGUCGAGCCGGAGGAGCGAGAUGAUGGACGGUGCGCGGCUGGAAGAGGCUGAUCGGAGAACGUCGCGGCGGAGAGAGCCCAUCAAGCGAGUGGUUAUCCAUCCGAAGUCUGCAAAUAAGACAGGGAAGCUCGUACGCCUUCAUGGUUCGAUGCAAGAGCUGAUGAGGGUUGCGGAGGCGAAGUUCGGGAAGGCGGUGACGACGGUGCUCACCGUCGACGGCGCCGAAGUUGAGGACGUCGACGUGCUAAGAGAUGGAGAUCACUUGUUCUUAUGCUAG